CUUGGCCCAGAAAAGGUACCCUGAAUAAUACCAUACCGCCUCUCCCCACUCAACUACUCACUUCUGGCUCUCUCCGCUCUAGGGCCGCCUUACGCUCUCAUCCUGCUUGCUUUGGCAUCAUCUCAUCUCAGCUUUCCCUCUCUCCCUCUCUCCUCUUUUUUUUUUCCCUCUCUCUCCCCACCCCUUCCCCUCUCCGUCCUCCACUUCCCUCCCCUCUGAGACCCAACUCCCAAGGCCAACCCUUCUGCCAUGGGUUUUGGUUACUCAAGAGUUUCGUUUGCUAUUCCAUAUGCAAACUCCCUUUCAAACUCUCCUCGAUCCUCCAUUGCUUGAUCUAUGGCGUGUUGUUCUGACUCGUCCUCCCGUGUAUUCGGCCGCUGACCUGCAGCUCUCACGCUGCUACCCGUCUUUCACCCGGACGUCCUCUACCUGGCCCUCCUCUCAAUUCCUCUUCUCCCUUCGAUUUUCGAUCGUAUCCUCUCCUCCGUUCUCUCGUUUCGGUGCCAUUUCCUCCUCCACGACUUUCCCGCGACCUCAUGCCGGCUCUUGAGGUGCCAGUGUCCGGGUUGUCUCUACACAGAGACAACCCCGGGAGCGAUUCAACGGUUAAACCAACGCAGAUCAUGCGGCUAAACCUAGCUCAGAGCACCCUCGACGAACUGAUCCAAACGCUACGGGACGACCAAACAGCUAGGGUCCGUUUAGGGAAACAUCCCACUCUCUACUACGGAUCCAAAUCGCAACCGUUUCACUCUCAUCCCGAGACUCACCGGUCUGAGAUCUAUAGCGGCAGCUCCAAUGACAAAGAAAACUUAUAUUUUACUGGUGUCCUGAGCCAUAGCUUGGAGGUUCAGAAAGCAAAAGAGGCUACUGCGGCCACAGACCAAGCAUUAGCCAACCUCGAACAGAGUCUGAACGCCUUUGAGAGGGGGAAGGAAUCGAAGAAGACCCAUAUAAUUACUAGCAUUGAUGAGGUGAGGGCUCUUCGAGCAGGCGACAAAAGGCAGGCCGCUCUUUUAGCUCGGAAGUCCUCGAGUAAGGUGGAAUUGGAAAAGGACCGGUUGCUGAAAAAUGCAACCAAUCGCUCGUUGUCGUCCAGCCCGGCUCUGGGUGUCUCUCGGUCUCCUACUUCUGUACCUCCCCUCACUCCUACCUCAGCACCGCUUUCCCAAACCAAAGAUCGCGUUCGCCUCGACGCUCUUAAGGUUCCCUUCAUUCACCUUCUCGCCGUCCGUGCCGUAUCUGCCAAGUUCCUUGCUCGCCAGACUCGCUCGUCCAUCGAAGACUGUACGGCUUUGGCUCGGAAAUACGGUGCCGAGAACCGAAUCAACCCGGAGAAGUUCGAUCUCAAGGACAAAGCCUACAGAGAGUUGGAUGUAUGGAAUUUUCCUUAUCCGUCCCAGGAAGAGCGACAGGAAGCCAUUGAGAAUGCUAUCUCGGCAUUUGAUCGCAUGCGGAUCUCCCGCACCGACAAGCUAUGGCAGAUGCUUCUUCCAAAGGAGGAGCGAGGGAAGGGGAAGUGUCUGUCACGGCUGAACUUGCGCACCGGCCCUGUUAAGAAGCCACUGACUCCUCGGAUACAAGUACAAAACCCCGACGAGAGCGGCAAAGACGGCGACACGACUGGACCGGAAACCGAUAGGGUCAAUGGAAAUGGCUUGACCCCCAAGGCACAGCCCACAUCAGCUCCCCGGUCUGGUGCCAACGCACAAAAGAAGCGAGUCGGCAACUCUGUAACGAAGCAAUUUACUGCGAAGGGCAAGAAUACGACAAACAGUACCCUGACUGGGCGUGUCACUAAAAAGCCGGAACGGAAGCCAGUCCCCAAGCCGGAUGGGAAGUUUAAAUCAGCAGAAUACGUUCAUGAUUCAGAUGAAGAUGACACAGACAUACCAGAUGCAUCGGCAUCGGAACAGCCUCUUCCAGAGAAAACUAAGCUACAGCCUAAAGCGCCACCCAAACAGGCCGAGUCUUCUCCUCGAGAGUCCCCCCAUGUGCCGACACCCAAGGUAGACCAGUCAGAGCGCGCCCCAUCCAAAGCCGAAUCGUCGCCCCCAAAUCCUCCAAAACCUACUACCUCAUCAAAGAGGCCACCAUCCUCCCGCCCUCCGGCCCAGAAAUCUCCUCAGAAGCCGUCGCCUCUUGGCUCAUCCCCCCCGACCAAUGCUUCUGACCUACAGAGUCGCAGUCGUUCUUCGAGUCAGAACAAUUCCUCCAGUUCUUCCUCAUCGCCUUUGAUUACUCAAAUAUCCAAACCAAACAAAGCUACGGGUGCCUCCAAUGUUAAGAAGCAGGUGAAAACCAGUGGCAUGGCCAAGGCAACUCCGGCGCUCAACCCCCUCAAGCGUAAGGCGGAACUCGACCGCCCUUCUGCAACUCCCGCCCAGGGACGUACAACAGGGGAUUUGGAGCACAAGCGACGACGGGCGGUUAGCACAUCGAGUGGUAGCACCGGAAGUGCUUCACCACCCCUUAGUCGGGAGAUUCUUCUCCAGCAGCUGCGAGAGAAAUCGCAGCGCUUUAAACACUACUAUGCCAAGUACCGCACACUGCACGAUACAAUGGCAGCCCAUUCAGAUCCACCGAGGGCGGAGCUGGAGAAGUUACGGCGACAGCACUUUCGACUACAGCAGAUGAAAGAGGAAAUCUGGGAUGAAGACCGGCGGCUUCGCGAAGGGCUCUGAACGACUACUCCAUACGAGAAAAGAAAAAAAAAAGAAAGAAAGAAAGAAAGAAAGAAAGAAAGAAAGAAAGAAAGAAA